AUGGAAGAUCCACUAGACUCGGAGGUAUCGUUCGAUAUCAAGGAGAUCGAAUCCGAAGAUAAAUGCAAGCCUGAGAUAACCACUGUCUCGGAAGUUAUGGAAGGAGAUACCAAUGCUGUUGUGAAUGUUUGUGGCCGCAUAACGUUCAGAGGUAGCGAGGAAACGGUCUUGUCCAAAGGAAGACACUUCGUAAACAGGAAGCUUUGUUUAUGAACAACUCGGGCACAAUUCGCCUUGUGUUGUGGGAGAACAAUAUCCAGUGGGUAAAAUCAUUGUCCAUUUACAAAAUCUCCAAAAUUGUUGUUCGAGAAGGCAAAGUAUCUCACCCUUAAUAAAAUAUCAAGGAUCGAUAAUUCGGAUUUCCUCAUCACAGGAGAAGACGGUGAUGCUGAAGGCUUGCCGAACACAGAAAAAGUUGAAUGCCCUGUGGAAGGAGUUUCAUCUCUUCAGCACUUUUCUUCCUGCAAAAAGUGCCAAACGAAACUAAUUCGAAAUGGUGAAAAACAAUUGGUUAAAUGCACAGAGUGUGGUUUGGCGCAAUUAUUCCACAAAUGCCAACAGCGUUUAAUUGCAAACGUCAUGUUCUUGAAGGCGGAAAAUACAAUAUCUUUGCUUCAGUUUGAAGACAAACUCAAACAACUGUAUCAUAUUUACACAAGUCAAGUCCCUGGAGGUUCCACAGAAAGCUUUGAAUUGUUGGAUGACAUUUCUAUAAGAGAAUUUAUGUUAACCGUUGAAGUUACUGUGUGCUACAACACCAAGAAAAACGUUGUGUCGGUGCACAAAAAACUGACAAAUAAGAUUCUUGUACCAUUAUAUCGUUAA